CCGUACAACACUGUGUUAGCAGAACACACGGCGCGGGCCAGUCAUCGCCAUGUUGGAUCAGGCAUAGAGUGUAGCAAGUGUGUGUCUGAUCUGAUGUUGGACUGCUGACCCAAUUUCACUGCUCUCAGCCUGUCACGGUAUGUGUAGUGUACAACGUUUGUUUGUUGCUUUGCAUCCUGGUGUAAAAAAGAAGACGUUAUUAUAAUUAUGUUGUGAGAGUAUGGCAUUCUUUAUGUUGACAUUAUUAUUUGACUAAACCGCUGUUUUGUGCCCAUUUUUUAGUCCCUCUUUUGGCUUUCCUCUGUGGCUACUAAACUCCAAAUUGGAUAGGCCUAGGCCCUACCCACAUAUUUAUUCCCUGUCAACAUUGACAGUUUGCUGGGGUUGUCACUGUUACCUCAACGGAGUCGACGUUGUUGCCUCGUGACUUGCAUCUGAAGAAAAGCAGAUGAGUAUUAGGCUACCUACUACUGCAGGUAUUAAAAUGACAGACGACAUCAUAAUCUUUGUUUUCCUGAAUGUUUUUUGAACUCACUCUUGAGUAAGAUAUUUUUUUUUACAUCAUUGACUUCGCAGCCCAAUAAAAACAGAACGAUACUUUUGUUUUGGUAUCUGUUGAUGAUUUAUUCAAAGAGUGCCUUUAGUUGGGUUGGUGUUUUAUGAUUAAUUUACUAGUGAGCCCAUUUGGUUUUAAGAUGUACUGUGUAGCAGUUGCUACACUAUUAUGUGGUUUGUAUAGUUGACUUUUUUGGGGUAUGAGAGGGCGAGAUGACAGUGUUCGUUAUGGUUUUGUAGUUGGUUGGCAGAGAGAGAGAGAGAGAGAGAGAGAAAGAGGAAGAAAUCACGUCGAGUAGUUGCGAUUAUUAAGAACACUAUGAAAUGCUAGGGAUUUUAAACAGGUCCGGGUAUGUUGAGAAAAUACCCGGUGGGCGGUUGGCCAAAGUGUUACCACCCAAAAUAGUGAACUCCUCAUUUUCUAUAAUAUAUGCCAACCUUUAAACAAUAGGCCUACAGAAGUCCUAAACCAUACCCCUGGCUCUUUAUUGAUUAAUAUAUAUAUAUAUAACAGUCGCCCCCCCCCCCGACUCAAAAAAAUAAAAAUAAAUUAAAUUAAACCAUUUACUUGAGUCAAGCGUCACGCUUGACGCACGAUGCGUGACUGCCUUUAAAAAAACAACAAAACAACUCAGUACUAUUGAUAUAAAGCAUGUGGAGUUGGGGGGAAGGUGGUUUGAAGAGCAAGCAGGGCACACCAGAAGCAAAAUAUAUUUAAGUGUCUAUUAAAAUCUUUAAGCGCCACUUCCCCUCUUCAUUUCAAAAUAUACCCCCCCCCCCUUUCCAAACGAUAAAAAUGCAAAGAUACCUUUUUGUGGGGGGGGGGUCGUUCCCCCCCCUCCGACACCCCCUUUUUCACCCACNUGACUUAGAGACAGUGGCGUAGCGAGGGUGUUUGGCGCCCGGGGACAAGAUCCAUUUUAGCGCCCCUUUUUCUUUUUUUCAACUCUCAAACCCAUUAUUUUCAUCAAUAAAAUAAUAUCAAAGCACAUUUUGGCGCCCCUAACUAGCUGGCGCCCGGGGACAUCUGCCCCCCUGCCCUCACCACGCUACGCCUCUGCUUAGAGCUAAUGGAGGGCUCAUCAUCGGGUUAAUUUUAUUUAUGUAAGCGCUUCGAGGUAAUCCUACAUUAUAGUAUUGCAUCCCUCUUGAUGAACCUGUAUCCGCCUAUAGAGUACAUUAUAACAACAUGAAAAAAAGAGAGAUCCAUGUAAAAGUGUACCCAGUGGCGUAGCUAAGGUUAGUGUCGCCUGGGGCGGGCCUACAUUUUUUCCACCCCCUUCAAUCACCCCCUUUCUACGCCACUGAGUGUAUCCAAUCGCCCUGCACCGCCUGUAGGCUACUCAUUUGCUACUGACAAACAAGAGAUGACGCUGUCCUGGAUGACUGGCGUCAUGAGUUUUGUCAAUCAUUUUUUUUAUAUUAGUUAAUGUUUCUUUUUAAUUUGUAAAAAUAAACAUGUCAGGCUGUUGGAAGCAGUUCUGGAAGGAAUGAAUGCUAAUGUUUAAGAUAAGUUGACUAAUUUUUAAGAUAAGUUGACUAAUUUGUAAGAUAAGUUGACUAAUUUUUGAGAUAAGUGGACUAUUCAGCUGGUUUAUGAAACGUGUGUGUGUGUGUUUUCUUCACUAACUUUAACAGUAAUCUCCAAUGCUAUUUAAUUUUAACGUAUCUCACUGACAUGAUUUUUAUUAUAUUUUUACAUUAACUUACAUUGGGUUAAAAUUUCAAAGCAACUGUAAUUUCACAGCCCGGAGCUCCGAACUUAAAUCCCAUUUCUAUAACCGAAUUCAAAUUGUUAAACAGAGCAAUUUUAGGGGUACGACUGAAUUUUUGUUAAACAGUAGUUUCCCCAUGGAAAAUUCCAAAAUAAAUUUCUUAUUGUUUCUAAACACGUUCCAGUAAGUUGGAUACGACCAAUUAAAACAGAUCCAGUGGUAUACUUAUUUUAAAAAAAAAUUAGUACACUUUCAAGCUGAAUAAUCUCUUUUAAUUCAAUUUAUCGUCGUCCAAUCCAUGUUUCAUAACUCCAAACGAUGAUUUCGACCAAUGAUAUGAGAGCGGAACCAAUUUACUCUCACUGCUCUGCACGAAAAUAACGUUCGAUUCCCAAGUUUUCGAGCCUUUACGUAUUAAGGGCUGCGAAACACAUACAAAAAAUUAUUAUACAAUUAUUUUUUAUCCCUAUGGUAGAAAGACUCAUAGCUAUUGUUAAUAUCCGAACUUAGUUGUUGUAAGAUACCAUAUUUAAUGUAGCCAAGCGAAAAGUAAAUUUGUAAAGACUGUCGAUUACAAGCUUGUAAUAACGCAAAGGUCGUGCGUUUUGAACGAUUAAGUGCAUAUGCAAAUUUGAGGCGUCUGUCAAUAUGCGGCCUGGGCAGACCUAAGUCUCCAACAACUGUCAUAUGAGGAGUAUAUUGCUAGAAUUUAGUGACAGUAAUCUUUUCAUGGCCAUAAUAAUUUUCCACUAAUGGGCUGUUAGGAGAUUGUGGACAAUUAGAAUUAAUACAUCUCUUAAAUGUAAAUUCCAGGGAGAUAAUAUUAUUUUAUGCCGGCGUGAAAAGUCUCUCUCUCCCCGAACACACACGGUGCGGCUUGUAUGUUACCCAGUGGCGUACCCAGACUAAAUGCGGCGGCGAACUCCAAAUAAUUACCAAAUUCCCCCCCCCCCCCACUCCUACACAUCUAUUAUCUAAAAUUUAUAAUAAAUAUAUAAGAAAAGUGCCGUCCGAAACGGUCAUCCCUCUAGGUAUUCCAGUAGUGANAUAUAUAUAUAUAUAUAUAUAUAUAUAUAUAUAUAUAUAUAUAUAUAUAUAUAUAUAUAUAUAUAUAUAUAUAUAUAUAUAUAUAUAGCUUCCCAGGUUUCAAUUGUAUAAAAGGAUAUUUAUCCUACAGUUUAAAAGUUUAUUUGACAUCACUAGUAAGAUGGGUGGCGGUGGGGAGGGAAGUAUGCAGAGCAUUCAUGGAUGUAUUACGUCCCGCCUUCAUGGAUGUAUUACUUCCUGCCUUUAUAUUUUCUCCCACCACCGUCCCUUCCAUUCCCAAUACUUUCUCCCAUUGCCUAUACUUCUUACUACAGUCUUAUUUUUGCCACGCUCUGCGUAAACCCGGUUCUUGUAAAUGAAAGUUUGCUCAUACCCUCGUGGUGAAGUUGACGACAUCUGGAGUCUGGUGUGUAUCGGGUGCCUCUCUGGUUGGCAUGUAAGCAGUAAUAACAAUCGGUUUAAAGAGGCUAGGUUGUUACGCUGCUGCAGCGGCUUAAUGUUGAGGGGAAACACUUGUGUGUGCAACAUAAGGCAUUGUGUGCCGAACAUUAAGACUUAUGUGGUGAAAGUAAAAUAUGUGUGUUGACGUAAAUACGUGUGCGUUCUUUCAGAUGCCAAAGGGCAACAGAGAAGUUUACAGCCUGCUGAUCCAAGAAGUCCAAAGCCGCGAAUGUCUCUACGUCCCCAGCCACCCACACUAUCACGACAGACAUCGACUGGACGCCGAGUGGGCUGAGAUUGGUCAAAUCCUUGGUGUCUCAGGUAAACUGCACGCCAUCUGUUAAAUAAACCCACCCUUGUCGUGCUAUUGCUUCUUAUUUAGAUUGUAAGUUGAGGACUUUUUAAGCUGCAUUUUGAGCAGCUUGACAUUUAAAAAAAAAAAAUUGUAAUGCUUUUUCUUUGAACUUGAUCGUAAAAUCUUUGUAUCUCGUCUUCAAAUGACCGAACAUGUCGAUCAAAUCUUAAUGGUUUCUAUCAUUCGGCCAGGUCCCAGCGCGAAGAAAACGUGGCAGAACCUUCGCAGCUCCUACAGCAGAUGCCUCGCCUCCGUGAAGACCAACAGCUCUGGGGUCAUCCAGAAAUCGACGUGGUACCUCAAGGAGCAGAUGGACUUCCUUCGGGAGUACAUGACGUACGCCCCGGCCUACGAGCCCGCCGAUGACUUCAGCUCAUCGGGUUCACACAUACAUUUCGGCCCGGACGACCUGAUCCAGUCGUCCGACGAGCUGGUGGACAGUUACAUCAAGAAGGAGGAAAGGGAGCACGAGGAUUCGACCAACGGCUCGGCGGCGUCCUCCUCGUUUCUCUCCGCCAUCAAUCAGAUCAUCCCGGUCCCGAAAAAACCGAAAAUUUCAUCUUCCACGUCCGUCCCGGUCACCGACGCCAUCUUGAAGUUUAUCGCGUCAGACGUGGACGACGACUUGCAGUUUUUCAAAGGGAUUUUGCCGACCGUGAAACAACUGAACUCGACGAACAACAGAAGAUUUAAACACGCCAUUUCAAACUAUUUGUUCCAGAUGUUGGAGGCUCAAGAAAACCCGGAAGAGCCGGCGCCGAAAGUGUUGCAAAUAGCUUCAGGCUGAUAUUUUCUAGACUUAAAAAAAAUAUUAUGUUUAUGUUUUAUUUAUUUUGUUUGUAAAAAAAACACAAAAACCCCCAUUAUUUUAAACAAUUUGUAGCGUAAUAUUUAAUCGAGCAAUUCAAUUUUAUUCAAAUUUAAAAUCGAGUGCAAAUUUAAUCACUCUUUGCCUGGUGGUAUCUAGAGAGAGAAGAGACUAUUUUGG